AUGCCAGGAGACUUGGGAAAAGCAACGGGACAACGCGGCACCGCCAGACCUCUGCGUGCGGCAGCAGACCACAAGGAACGAGCCGCACAUAAACCCGCGGAGGGCCCCGCGGAGCAGCCCGCAGAAAGAGCCCGCAGAGGAGGAAAGCAGUGGGGAUAUGCGAACCACAGCAGUGCAGGGACGUGGAAGAGGAGCAGACCAGUGCAGGGACGCGGAGGAGGAGCAGACCAGUGCAGGGACGCGGAGGAGGAGCAGACCACAAGCAGCCAGACGGAGGACGCCAGGGACGCGCCGAGUAGCGUGAGUAGACGAAAACGAUUCCUCCAGACGAUUCUCUGCAAGGCUUCAGGAGCUUGCGAGGCUUCGAGAAGGCAGAGAGUGGGAGUUGCUCCGCUUUUAAGCGGCUGCCUGUCCGGCACGGAUGAUUGGAAGGGGGCGUUUGCCGAGCGAUAG